GGGCGGGCGAGGCCGGGGUCACGGGGGCGGGAGCAGAGCUGCCCGCAGGCCCCUGCUCUCAGGCCGUCUGGUACCAAGGGUGGGGAGACCACCUUGGCGAAUCGGUGAACUCUUCAGCGAGUUAAAAGUCAAAAAGGAGCCUUACAGUGAGCUCUUCCCAUGCAAAGAUUUUAAAAUGGCUUCAAGAGGAACAACAGAGACUAGUAAGUUAAAACAGAACUUGGAAGAGCAGUUGGACAGAUUAAUGCAGCAGCUGCAAGACCUGGAGGAAUGCAGAGAGGAACUGGAUGCAGAUGAGUAUGAAGAAACCAAAAAAGAAACCCUAGAACAGCUGAGUGAGUUCAAUGAAUCACUGAAGAAGAUCAUGUCUGGAAAUAUGACUUUGGUAGAUGAACUCAGCGGGAUGCAGCUGGCUAUACAAGCUGCCAUCAGCCAGGCUUUUAAAACUCCAGAAGUCAUUAGAAUGUUUGCAAAGAAACAGCCAAGGCAAUUACGGACAAGGCUGGCUGAGAUGGACCGAGACCUUAUGGUUGGGAAACUGGGACGAGACCUCUACACGCAACAGAAGGUGGAAAUCCUAACUGCCCUCAGGAAGCUCGGAGAGAAGCUGACUGCAGAUGAUGAGACUUUCCUGUCAAGCAAUGCAGGUGCGGCCCUCAGCCAGUUUGAAAGAGUCUCUAGUGAUCUUGGAUCUGGGGACAAAGUCUUUGCUCUGGCAAGUGUUGAAGUAGAAAAAGCAAAACAGUGAAGAGGUGUGUGGGACUAGAGUUUCUCCUGUUGGACUUUUACUGUGUUGUUCUUUUCUUUUUUUUUUCUCAUGAGACUCUUGUAAAUUGUUGCGCAAAAAAAGACCCUGAAACCUCAUGAUCUUAACUACGAGAUAACAUGAAGUGACCCGACAUAAAGUGCACUUUGGAGACCUCAGUGUCUGCCCUCCUCCGCAGUAUACGUACUGAGGCUAAACACUAAGUGGUACUUUAAAAACUAAACAAGAAAAAGUGAUCUUACUCUGAUUGUUGUCUUUGAAAAAAAUAGAUUGUUUUCCACUUUUUUUUCAGCGUGUAUUUCUCUAACUAUUAAAGUACCAUCUUUUUGCA